UUCACUCACUAAAAAAAAUCACUUGUCCUGUCCGAGUUGUCCAGCGGGGUGCACAGUGCUGCGUUGUAAAAAGUUGUUUUAAAAUCGAAAUAUCUUAUUUUUAGAACAAUUUCGUAAAAAAGUGUAAAACACCAUGUCUGUAGCAGCUAAAGGUAUCUUCAUUGUCGGUGCUAAGCGCACUGCCUUUGGCACAUUCGGAGGAGUGUUCAAGAACACGUCAGCCACUGAACUGCAGACACACGCAUUCAAUGCUGCAUUAAAGGAGGCAGGUGUUGCCCCUACGCAGGUUGACUCUGUUGUGGUCGGACAGGUCAUGUCGGCAUCUCAAACUGACGGCAUCUACACUCCCCGUCAUGCGGCGCUUAAAGCCGGUAUUCCUCAGGAGAAACCCGCACUUGGCAUCAACAGACUAUGCGGCUCUGGCUUCCAGUCCGUCGUGAACAGCGCACAGGACAUCAUGACCGGAGCAGCCAAGAUCUCUCUGGCCGGCGGCGUAGAGAACAUGUCACAAGCCCCGUUCGCGGUCCGCAACGUCCGCUUCGGCACCAUGCUCGGCCAGUCCCACGUCUUUGAAGACACUCUGUGGGCUGGUCUGACGGACUCGUACUGCGGACUGCCCAUGGGCAUGACUGCUGAGAAGCUUGGAGCGCAGUUCAAAGUGACCAGGGAUGAGGUGGACAAGUUUGCCUUGGAGUCACAGCAGAGGUGGAAGAAAUCUCACGACGCAGGAGUGUUCAAGGCCGAGAUCGAGCCCGUGACCCUGACGGUGAAGCGUAAAGAGGUCAAGAUUGACACCGACGAGCACCCGCGCCCUCAGACCACCAUCGAGGGUCUGAACAAGUUGCCGCCCGUCUUCAAGAAGGAGGGCCUUGUUACUGCUGGCACUGCUUCUGGUAUCAGCGACGGAGCCGGCGCCAUUGUGCUCGCUGGUGAAGAGGCCGCAAAGGGCCUAAAGCCCCUCGCUCGUCUCGUGGGCUGGUCCUACGUUGGCGUAGACCCCUCAAUCAUGGGCAUCGGCCCUGUACCAGCUAUUGAGAGCCUGCUCAAGGUCACGGGACUCACGCUUAACGAUAUCGACCUUGUUGAGAUCAACGAGGCGUUCUGCGCUCAGACCCUCUCCUGCGCCAAGGCCCUCAAGCUGGACCUCUCCAAGCUGAACGUGAACGGCGGAGCCACGGCGCUGGGACACCCUCUCGGAGCCUCCGGGUCCCGCAUCACGGCGCACUUAGUACAUGAACUCAAACGCCGCGGCCUCAAGCGUGGCAUCGGCUCGGCCUGCAUCGGUGGCGGACAGGGCAUCGCGCUGUUGGUCGAGGCUGUCUAAACCGCACUGUGUUUCCUUGAGACUGAUCCCAACAUACAAUAGUUAUUUACGAUACAAGUGCGGAAAAGAGGAAAUUCGAAACGAGUGGCGAUAAAUUAAAACACGCCCUAAGGGAGCGUUUUAAAUCGACACGAGUUGCGAAUUACGUAUUCGCACGUGUAUCGUACAAGGUUUUACAGUACAUAUGGCCCCUAUUUUCGACAUAGUUACGUAAUGUACUAAUUAUCGCACUAGUGCCGUAAAGUAGCCCCAUAUGUAGUGUAAAUAUUUUUAAUUUGUACCUUAUUGUAUACCUAUAGUAAAUUGGGAGAAUUUAGUUUGUUUUAUAAACCAAUGAAACAAAAGAAAUGCUUCUUUAUUUGGUUCAUAAAAGGUUCUAAUUAUAUUGCAUUGGGCCUCACGAGGAUAAGAUAUAAAUUAGUGCACUUUAAAGCAACGAGUGCGUGAACUAAGGAUGACUCACGCUAGACCGGGCCGUGCCCGGGCCGGGGCGUCCAACAUGUCAUUUUCUAUGACGGCUGAUCGGUGAUAUCGUGGUGCUUUCCAUAGAAAACGAAGCUCCGGCCCGGCCCCGGCCCAGUCAAGCGUGCAUCCUUUACCUACUUGUAUUUGGUUACUUAUACUGAAAUUAUGUCUUACUGUCUUAUACUUUAAAGAAUUACGUAGGUAAUAGUUAUGUUUAACACUGCCUCAUGCCUGUAGGCCGUGGACAUGAUUGGAGCGACAAUAUCUCGCCGCGAGAUAGACUAGCCGUCUUCUACUAACUCUAUAAAUUAAAGGGGGACGUGUAGUCUAUGUCGCGGCGAGAUACUCUCGCGCCAACCAUGUGCUAGCCCGGCAGUAAAUGCAAUAUAUAUUGGCUGAAAUCACAAAAUUUGUAUUUUCAUAAAGUAAAUUAAGCUAUAUUUUUAAUACGCUGUUUCACGAGAUUUGGAAGUAUUUGUAUAUUAUAUUAAAUUUUUAUUGAGUUUAUAUACAAGUUUAAUACAUCAUUAAUAAAUCAAACUAUUUUUA